AAAAUUUACAAAGUGGCUGGUGUGACAUUUAGAUGCAGGAACAGGUGUCUUUAAAUUAGUUCAGCAAGGUUUACGCACCGGAGUACAGGUCACUAGAUAAGUAUGUGCAACAACAUCACCAAUGCCAACUGCACAGUGGAAAUCAGUCUGGGUCUGGCCUACAGUUCUUUGUUUGUCGUGGGUUUCAUUGUCAACUCUGCAGCUUUGUGGGCCUUCAUUGCACAACGAGCCUCCUGGACGGACACCCACAUCUACAUGUUCAACCUGGUGAUAGCCGAUUCUGCCUUUAUCCUCUUCCUCCCCCUUAGGGCCUAUGAUGCCUUCUUCUGCCUGCCUAAGACUACCUUUUGUACUUUCCUCCUUUACAUACAUUUCAUCAACAUGUAUGCCAGCAUCAUGACCACAACAGCCAUCAGUGUCCACCGCUACCUGGUUAUAAGGUUCCCUCUGCAGGCAAGGUCAUGGAGGAAGAAGAAAGAGGCAGCUUUUGCUGUUUGUUUGGUUAUUUGGAUUCUUCUGGUGACAGUAUGUGUCAUGUUCCGAAAGGAGAACUACCCUGACAAACUCUGGACGUGUUAUGAAAGAUGUAAAGAUCGCCCACUGAAACCACUUGUUAUGGGGAUUAUGGUCUCCCUCGGCUUCACCACUCCACUGGUGGUCAUUGUGUUUUGUUCCAGUCAGAUCAUCUGUAUUCUGUCAAAAGUGGAUAACAUAUCAGAGGAAAAGAAAAGCAUUGUUGAUAUGGUAACAGCAAACAUGGUUGUGUUCAUUGUCUGCUACACACCAAUCAAUGUUGGCUUUCUUGUCAACUACUUCAAUGUUUUACCUUUAAACUGGCAGUUUGAACAAAUACCUGAACAUAUAUAUUUACGUAUAGCUGAAUGGAUCGCUGCCACUAACUGCUGCUUUGAUUCCAUCAGCUAUUAUUUCUUAUUGAAACAGUUUUAUUCAUAGAUCGAUGACAAAAAAAUCCAUUGUGUAUCAUUUUUUUAGACUUUACAAAAUAAAAUAAAUGAUAUUGUUAAAGGGGCACUCCACCGAUUUUGCAAAUGAGGUUCAAAUGCCAUCAAGUUAAUCUCAGAGACUUUCUUUCUGUCACAAACUGGAGAUAUGUGGUUCAAAAAAAGUGGGCAUUUAUACUGUGAAGGUCUGAUGAAAAAUGCAACUGAGUUGAAUUAUGGGAGUUGUAGGAUCCAGUGUUUUUGUAAUUUGAUACAUGCUAAGGACUAAAAUUCAGGAUAUCUCAACCUCUGCUGCUUUUAUUUUGGCCAGUUAAAAAAAAGGUAAUUAUUCCUCCUUUUGUGAGAUGCUCAACUUUAUGGAAGUGCAACACAAACAUGCUGGAGUGCCCCUUUAGAUUAGCAGCAUGCUACAAGUAUCUGGCUGACCGAUGCAAUGAUUAUUAUUGUGUGUAGGCCUUGUAUGAUGCUAAUGUAAAAAUGAAGUUUUCUGCUAGUUCCAUGUAACUCCUCAGCACCCAGUUGGUUGACUGUACAGUUAAUUUGUUAAUGUAGGUAUUUAUUGUUACUUAUGUGAGUAUUUGCAGAAUGUAGAAAUGCCCAUCUGGCUCAGCCUAAAUCAUCAAGUUGCUGUAUGAGCUCUUAGGCUGCUUAAGGAAAGUGCAUGAAUAUAUCUAUGUGUGCUUGGGAUAUAAAUACCUGUUAUCUAACUCA